UUGGGUGAUGCGAGGGUCUCCAUGCAAACAUUCUUGCAGGGGCUGGGCUCUUUUAAAGGCAGCAUCCCUGCCUUGCUGGCUGCGUUGUGCAGCAUUAUGUAAUGCACAGGAGGGCUGGCGCCUGAAGCUGGGCUUGUUCUCGAGUGCUCUCAGGCAAGCGCUGCAAGAACAGAUGCAUUAAAUCCAUAAACGUAUGCUUAGGGUGUUAUUUUUCAGGGCGUCGUCCAAAUUACCAACUCAGAGCUAGGUUUUAAUCAGAAUUUUGUUUUUGCGUAGGUCUAUAAAUUUUGUAAAUCUGUUCUCAGCAAACUAGAACAGAAACUAGAUAUUUGUAUCUUUGGAACAGUCAGGACCGUGUCCCUCCAGAGCACCCAUCUUAACUAGAAGUAGCACUGUCAUAUAGGGUUACAGAACUGUGUAAACAUUAACUAGCUACUUGCUCUGCCAAAUGGAAAUUAAAGCAAUGAGGACUUCAAGCUGGUGUGAGCUGCUUAAUAACGUCCUUUGGCUGGCCUCCAUUGGACUGGGCUUGUUGCGGUACUGUCAGGCUGAGCCAGACUGAUGAGCUAUAGGAGGCAUUCAGAAAGGAAUAAUGUGAGUUGGGUGAAAGUGGUCCAGCUGAUUCAGUUGUGAUAGUUCAAGUACUACUGUAAGGGACUGGCCUGCAUAGCUCUUAGGUUUGGUGGGGAAAGAACAUUUGAAAAUAAAUUGAAAUUAAUUUGCAGUUCUUUGUUUCUAGAGCUCCUCUCUACAGUGCCUUGCAGGCUGUAUUUAGAAAGUCAUGUUUUAGAGAACUUUAGGCAGGUAACUUGGGGAAAAGAAAAAUAAACUUGCAAUGGUCUGGUGCUGACAAACAUUUUGAGUGGUAAAGGAACUUACUGUAACACAUCCUACCAGUUUGUUGAGAACUGAUUUAUAAAAUAUCUGUGGCCAGGCGGUUAUGUUUAUCAUGUCCUUCAAGUCAGUGGGUUCAAGUGCAGCGAUACCCAAACAGACUUCAUGUGCAGUUUCAGGCAGAAGUUGUAACCUGCUAGCCACUGUAUCAAGUGCAUUACUUCUGGGUUUGAGUUAAAUAUCUGGAAAGGUGCAUUCUUGUAAAGUUUGAUUUUUUUAUUUUAUUUUUUUUUCCUGCUAGUGACAUCUUUGAAGUCUGCUGCUUCUGUUGUAGGUCUUAUCAGCUUGUUUGAAAAACUUUGUUAAAAUACGUAGUCAUCUUAGUCUUUCUUCAUGCUAACAAAGUGCUGAUCUAACUUCCUACUUUCUAAGAGUGAUACUGAGUGCUGAAAGCCUUCCUCGUAGUGGCAUAUUGCUUUUUAAUCUCUUCAGAAAACCAAACACUUUUCUGAAGGACAGCCUUUGAUCCUGAGUAACCUCAGUUUGACUCUGGCACAAGGGAGCCUGGCCUAGACUCGGCCUAGAGGGGUUGCUUCUGACCUCAAUUUUGUGAUUCUGUUCCAGAGGCUAUCAUUUGAGAACUGCUUUUGAGAUCUGACUUCAUAUGAGUAGUCAGUGAGUAGCAAUUGUUUGGAUUUGAAGACAAGUAGUGUCUUGGAAGGGGUGUUGAAGGUUAAUUAGAGAGAAAGAUAGCUCUAGUGUUGCGCUGCAAAAAAUGUAAGUACUAUUGACUAAUAAACCUUGUGUAUUUUAUGCUUUCAAAUUAAGAAAAAAGUUCUCUCAAAUUGGUGUUUCUUAAGCAUGAGGAUUAAUGCGUUUAGGCCUGUUGUUUCAAGCAGCGAAUAAUCUGGGGAUGCUUUAAGUGGCACUGGGCUGUCUGCUGUUGAUGCCUUCAAUUAAACUGCAGAGUUCAGAUGGAGAGAUCUUUGAAGUUGACGUUGAAAUUGCAAAACAGUCUGUAACUAUAAAGACUAUGCUGGAAGAUUUGGGAAUGGAUGAUGAAGGUGACGAUGACCCAGUCCCUCUUCCAAAUGUUAAUGCAGCUAUCUUAAAAAAGGUGAUUCAGUGGUGCACCCAUCACAAGGAUGAUCCACCUCCUCCUGAGGAUGAUGAGAACAAAGAAAAAAGAACAGAUGACAUCCCUGUGUGGGAUCAAGAGUUUCUGAAAGUAGACCAAGGAACGCUUUUUGAACUUAUCCUGGCUGCAAAUUACUUGGACAUCAAAGGUUUGCUUGAUGUCACGUGCAAGACAGUUGCAAACAUGAUCAAGGGGAAAACUCCAGAAGAAAUUCGCAAGACGUUCAAUAUUAAGAAUGACUUCACUGAGGAGGAAGAAGCACAGGUACGUAAAGAGAACCAGUGGUGUGAAGAGAAGUGAAGUAUUGUGCCUGACACUCGAACACUGUAAGGAUUGUUCCAAAUACUAGUUGCACUGCUCUGUUCAUAAUUGUUAAUAUUAGACAAAUGCAGCAGCAAAUGAAGUUGUGUUAGCAGGAUAUUGUUCCCUUUGCAUGUGUAGUGUUUUUUUGAGUACAAAUUUAAAUCUUCUGAGUUUUUACUAGUGUAAUUGGAUGUCUUUUUACUUUAUUCUGCAAUGAAUAAAACUGAACUAAGUGUGGAUUCUGUAUGGAAAGUAGCACUUAAGGUUGUCAUUUUCAUUACACUUUUAAACCGUUCGAGUCCAGUUAACGAUGCUAAAGAUUGACUCCCUUGUAAAUAAAACCACCUAUGACUUCUUCCUCAAGAAGAACAAAAUGCUUAUAUUUACAGGGUAUUGAUAGCUUCAGAAAGAAAAACAAACUAGAAUGUGUCUUGGGGAACUAGAUAAGGUAAAAGUUACUGGAUUUCUUAUGAAAACAUUGUGGGGAAGAUUAGUGUUACUUAAAGCUAUAUAACUUUCAAGAUGGUUCUUGUCCUGCAUUAACAAAAAAAAAAAAAGAGAAAAUAUUUGACCACUUUCUUGUCCUGUUAGUCUGGCCUUAUAGACUAGUGAAAGAUGUGAUCUAGAACUAAGCAAGCUCCUGACAGUUAAAUUUGAAUACUUCAACCAUGUCUUGAAGACCUGCCUCUAGCUGGUAGCAAAUGAAGAGUGCAUUGCUUUAUGCACAGGAUGGGUGUAUUUUUAUACGUUACUGUUCAAAGUGGAGUCCAGGUUUGACCAAAAA